GAUACUGUAGUUUGGAGUCACCAAGACUCAGAACAGAAUAUAGCAGCGCACGUACAUCGCUCUGAAAACAUUUUUUAAAAUCUCCAUUCCACAAUUUCAUGACUUGUACAUUUGUGUAAAUAGACAACUUCUAUUUUUUAUAACGAGACAACAGCGACAUGGAACUUAAUUCUCUUUUAAUUCUGCUGGAGGCUGCAGAGUACUUGGAAAGAAGAGACAGAGAGGCAGAGCACGGUUAUGCGUCUGUUUUACCGUACAGUAGCGACUUCUCCAGAAAGAAAACGAAAGCCUCGCCAAUUUCCAGAAAAACUCAGAACAAUAGAUCAUCGCACAACGAGCUGGAGAAACACAGACGUGCCAAACUACGGCUGUACUUGGAGCAGUUGAAGAAGCUGGUGCCUUUGGGUCCAGACAGCACGAGACACACCACACUGAGCUUGCUGAAAAGGGCCAAGAUGCACAUCAAGAAACUGGAGGAGCAGGACAGGAAGGCUUUAAACACGAAGGAGCAGCUGCAGAGAGAGCACCGCUACCUCAAACGCCGCCUGGAGCAGCUUUCUGUGUCCGGAUCCGUUGAGCGCAUCCGCACCGACAGCAUGGGCUCCACCAUCUCCACCGACUCUGAGCAAGAGGUGGACAUCGAGGGCAUGGAGUUCACCCCUGGCGAGGCGGACAGCGUGGACAGCAUCAGCGACGGCGAGGAGGAGGACCACUACAGCCUCCAGAGCAGCUCCAGCGACACCAGCUACACAGCCACACAUUCCCACAGACUGCAGCCGCACCACUGUUAAAUCACCGCGCGGCCAUCCAUCUCCCCACCAGCUUCCUCGCCCAUGCUUCCCUCGCCCUCACCUGUACCUUCCCCCGAACCAUUCGCAAUCACCAGUGCCGCCCACUACCUACAUCAGACCGGUCCACAGCGGCAGUGAACCUGUUCCUCCUUUCCUGGCCCUGGCUCUCCAGGAAGCACAUGGGGCUGAAAUGCCACUCAAGCCUUCCUGAACCCACCCCACCCCACCCCACCCCCUCCUGACCACUGACCCUACCUCACCCUACUCUAUCCUGCCUGAACCUGCCCCUCCUCACACGCCCUGCCCUCCCACUGCCCUCACAACCCCUCUACCUAGUGUUGCCGCAGACUAGAGAGCAGAGCAGAGUUUGUGGUUUAAAUGGGGACUUCUGUGGUGUGGUGGACAGCUUUGACUCGUUAAUCAGAAUUUCAGAAAGUGCGCGCUUGUGUGUGUGUGUAAAAGAGAGAAAGAACAAGCGAGGGAGUUUAAGAGAGGUCAAAAACUAAAUAUAAGCUUCAUGUUAUCUCCGUGAGGCAGCAACACAUGGACGAAGACGUCUGUGAUGUAAAAGGCAAAGUACUUCUGUUUGUUAUGCAAUAUUUGCAACACUGAAUUACAUCACACAGAAUCUCCCUUUUACACGAUAAGAUUUACAGGAGUAGCUUCUGCAGAAGUCCUGCACUUUCCUUGAAAACGUUUGCUGAAAAAUGGACAAAGAUAAAAGGAAUAGUUUGACAUUUUGGGGAAUAUAAUUAUUCAUGUUUGUGCUGAGCUGUCUCCCCCCAAUUCCCAGUCUUUAUGCUAAGCUAAGCUAACUGAUUGCUAGCUUUUCCCCCCAAAAUGUCACACUACUCUUUUAAUUUUUCAGCUUUUUAGGAUCUGCAGCAGACUGGGUGCCCUAAAACAGGCGUUUCUGGGACCUGCUUCUGCACACAAAGUCACAUCUUCACUCCCAGAUGUGGCAGACGUCUGUCUAAAGACAAACUGAAAAAGUCACAGAGCUGUAGCAGAGAAGAAAGAAUGUAUAUAGAUGUACAGUUACUGUCCAAACCCUCAUGUCUCCCUCUGGUUGGGUUGCCUAACCACUACUCCACACUACUGACCACUACACUAUACCACCCUAUGGUGUGGAUGGACUACUAUGUCAAUCAAAAAAAAAAAAAAAGGAGUUGCUUCAUAACUAAAAACUCUAUUCCUUAAACCAUUCAAAUCUUGUGAUUCCUUCUCAGUAGCGAAUUGAUGUAGCAAUAAAUACGAGAGGCGGGUGCUUCCUCUGAGUGUUUAAAUGAUUCUGGUGGACCAUGAGGUGUUACGGGAGACUUUUUUUUUUCUUUACCCUUUUUUACCCUGUAGACAGCCAGUGGGUGCUUACAGAGAGUGGACCUGCAGAAAAAGGGGAAGUUCACCCCUUUUCGUUUUCACUAAUGGAUCCUUAUCUUUGCCCACAGCGCCGUUUACUCAGAAUUCGUGUUUCUCUACAGCUUUGUCACUUUUUCAAGCAGCGUUCACGUGCGUCAGGAUGUUCUGAUUAACAAGUCAAACCUGUGAAUGGAGAAAAAAUGUUAAAAAGGAAAAAAAAAAAGAGGGCCAGCUCUAAUGAUUUGUUCUCUGUAGAGGCGUUCAUUGUAACUAACUUACCAAACUAUUAACAUCCAGUUGGACUAGUAAUCUUAAUUUCCGAUCUGCUAUCUGUUACCUACUUCCGGAGCUUCUGGGCACUGCUGAAGACCAAUGUAGACAACAUUUCUUCUUCUCUAACUUGUCUAUAACUUAUGCACAAUAGUCACUAUUGACGGAGGAGGCGCUUCUGUCGCUCUCUGACCAUUUAAUAAUCAUUAGGCCUCAGUCUCUGGCAGUCUUUAGAGCUUGGCUUCCGAACACUUUAAAAAAAGACAAAAUAAGGGCUGGCCCACCAUGACAGGUCUGACCUGAACCAAAAAAAAAUCAAAAACCUACAAAAAGACUCAAAAGAAAACAAAAAAGUCGUAUACAAAAGAAGCUACGUGUCACUGAGAGUGAUAUUAGCCAGUGUAGUCUAUAUUUCUUGUAUUAAAUUUUGUAUUAUAUUUUCCUAAAUGUUCUCUUGUAAUGAAAAGACAAAAAAGAGUGAGUAUAUCUAUCUAUAUAUAAAUAUAUAUAUAUAAAUAUAUGAGAGACAGACAGAUGUGAGGUCAGGCUUGUUGAAGGGAGAGUGGGGGCAGGGGAGCUGAUACACUGGCCCCUCUCCCUUGGGUGACUCUCCUGCUGUCAUUCUGUGCCUUGGUGAGCCUUCGACCUCCCUCCUCCUCCUCCUCCCCACCCCUUCCUCGCCCUCGGUCCCUACUCAGGUCACACCCCUCUCCUCUCCUCCUCUUAAUCUCAUCCUCCCUCUGGCGGGGCUGAAAGCUUUGAUUUCAACCCUUACCAUGCCAAAACACUUCCAUGAGCAAGGGGCACUUGAAGACAAGACCUCAUUAUGAAUAAAAAAAAAAAGAAAAAAAGAAGCCCCUUUAGUCUCUACUGAGCAGCCGCUGUUGUUGUGCACCCUGUCCAGGCACUCCCCACCCUCUACGAUGCCCGCUCAUCUGCCAGUGCCGCCUCUGUCACAGAAAAAUAAAAACAAAACACACUGGUAAACUCCCAUGGCAGCUUCCAGUCGCCCCGAAUGGUCACCAACGGGGUUCAAAACUUCUGGGCUUGAAGCGUGUUUCUUCAUUUUUUUUUGUCAUUUUACUAUUAUUGUAUGUUGACUAUGUGUUUGUUCAGUGG